AUGACGCUCUUUGUCGCUUCGCUCUUUCUCCCUUACACUAUCAACUUUGAUUCAAAUGAGUCUACUCCUGAGGAUGUUUCCAGGCAGUCAACAGCACCUCCAUCUUAUCAAGAUGCCCGCGAGAGCCGCAUUGUGAGUGUAUGGACGCCGGGCGCCGCCGUGACUGGCUUGCCAAGUGCUAGCAUACCGAAGACCCCUGGAGCCACCACCAACCUGGAAACUAUCUUCCAACCUCAUGUCGAGCGGCCAUUCAACCUCAUGGCCCCGUCUCCUCGCGGAAAGGGCAAGCAAAAUCCAGGUGCAAAUAACUCGACCUCAAACCUCUCCACUGUCUCAACGCACCGCAAUCCCCACCUGAUGCCACUGAGUGAUCUCUAUUCUCCCUCCGAGGUCAAGACUCCGUACUGGAACCAGCCUCUCUCUCGCGCCAAAUCUCCGCCUCCCAGGGACAUCCGCCAUUAUAAGGCUCAACUUCAGGAUAAGCACAGUAGUACUCCUUGGAGGGCGACAAGAACUACCCGCGAAAGAUCGCGAACCUCCAGCAGUGAGCGCAAAUUCAAUGAGGAGAAUUUCACUAUCCAGAACGCUCGUCGUGGCAAUGGAGGACUCUUCAACGUCAUCAAUACUGUCAGUGACGCCGGAUUGUUAUCUGAAAAGACCUGGGUUGGUACUCUUGGUAUGCCUACCGAUGCCCUGCAGGAUCACGUUAAAUCAACCAUUGCCGAGCGCCUGGAAGACGACUACGAGUCUUUAGUUGUCUACAUCAGCGACGGUGAUGCUGACGGCCACUACGAGCACUUCUGCAAGACCAUCCUGUGGCCAAUCUUCCACUAUCAGAUCCCCGACCAUCCCAAGAGCAAGGCAUACGAAGAUCAUUCGUGGUCCUACUACGUGGAAGUCAAUCAAACCUUCGCCAAUCGCAUCAUUAAGAACUACAAGAAGGGUGACAAAAUCUGGGUGCACGAUUACCAUCUCCUCUUGGUGCCAGGCAUGCUGCGCGAGAAGCUGCCCGAUGCCGAAAUUGGCUUCUUCAUGCAUACCGCGUUUCCCUCGUCCGAGGUCUUCAGAGUUUUGGCCAACCGUAAUGAAAUGAUCGAAGGCUUACUCGGAGCUAACAUGGUGGCAUUUCAGACCGAAGAGUAUGGCCAGCAUUUUCUACAAACGUGCAGCCGGAUUCUCAACAUAGAGGCAAACCGUGACGGCGUUGUCCUCGACGAUGGUCGUUUUGUCCACGUCUGCAACGUUCCCAUGGGUAUCAAUCCCAAGAGCCUUGAUAAGAUGAGAGCUCUACCUGAGGUCAACGAAUGGACUACGGAGAUUGCGGAGCGCUAUGCUGGCAAGCGCAUCAUUGUCGCUCGUGACAAGCUGGAAGGUAUUCGCGGUCUUCGCCAGAAGAUGCUCGCCUACGAGCUCUUCCUCGACCGCUACCCAGAGUAUGCCAAGCAAACGGUGUUGAUCCAAAUCGCCACUUCUGCCAGCGAAGGUGCCGAACUCAGUGCGACCAUCUCCGACAUUGUCACGCGGAUCAACUCUAACCAUUCGACUCUAGCACAUCAGCCGGUUGUUUUCCUUCGACAAGAUAUCGAUCAUUCCCAAUAUCUCGCUCUUCUUAGCGUGGCAGAGUGCUUGCUAAUCACAUGUCUUCGCGAAGGAAUGAACCUUACUGUUCACGAAUACAUAUACUGUCAGGAUGGCAAGUUCAAUAACAACAAAUGGUCGCCCCUGAUUCUGAGUGAAUUUACGGGAUCAGCUUCCAUAUUUGGCGACAACCCACUGCUUAUCAACCCUUGGGAUCAUGGUGCAUGUGCUGAGGCCAUCAAGCAGGCCCUUGACAUGGGAACGGACGAGCGCAAAACGCGCUGGCAUAACAUGUACGGCCGGAUCAUGAACCAAAACGGCACUCAGUGGUACACUUCGUUCAUGGAACACCUCAAACACGCCUUUGAGGAGCAUGCGGUACGUGAUCUUACCGCCGUUCCUAGACUAUCCAUUCCAAACCUUGUCAGCAAGUACGCCAACGCGAAACAGCGGCUGCUCAUCCUUGAUUACGAAGGAACUUUGGCAUCCUGGGGUGCGCCUAAUAACAUUAUCGCAUCAACCCCCAAACGUCUCACUGACACUCUCAAUGAUCUCAUCGAUGACCCAAAGAACACCUUGUAUGUUAUGAGCUCACGGAUGCCUGAGGAGCUGGAACGACUGUUCAGUCUUGUUCCCGGCCUUGGCCUAAUCGCUGAAAAUGGCGCAUUCAUGCGUGAAGCUGGUAUUGCGGCCUCCGAUGAGUGGCUUGAGCUUGCUAACUUGGAUCACGUUGCGAAAUGGAAAGGCGGGGUCAAGAAUAUUCUGAACUAUUACGUUGAGCGCGUCGAGGGUUCGAAAAUUGAUGAACGCCAUUCUGCUAUCAUCUUUGAUUAUCAAAAUGCCGAUAACUCCUCCUCGGCCUUCAAGUCAGCUGCUGAGUGUGCGAAUCACAUCAAUGAGGCUUGUACCAGCCAACAUAUUCAAGCAGUACCCAUUGAUAAUGGGAUCUGCAUCUCAGAUGUUGACACCAAUAAGUCGUCCGCAACUACCAUGAUUGGUGACAAUCUGCGAAAGAGAUCGGAGGACAAGGGCAUGCCAAUGCCAGAUUUCCUGCUUGUUAUCGGGGAUUCCCGAGAGGACGAAUAUGUUUUUGAAUGGGCUCAUGAGUUGGAGCGAAAGGAUGUCAUUGAGAGCGUACAUACUGUCACCCUGGGCACCCGCAACACCACAGCCAGUGCGACACUCACUCAAGGUGUGACGGGUGUGAUCUCGACGUUGCGAAAGCUUGCAGCUUGCUCUCAGGACUAG